AUGUCUUCUCUCUUUCUCUCCGUCAUCCUUCUCUUCUAAACCAUAACCCGAACCUCCGUGUAACAUCUACACCGGGUCACCCGGUUUCUUAUAUUUUUUUUGUGUAUUUUAAAAUCUCCUCUUGACGAAUACGAUAUUAUUGCUGUUUCUCUAAGAGUUUGAUUCCGGUCCAAGAAGACGUUGUGGUUCAGCCUUGAUGGGCUAUAUAAGGAAAUAAUUACUCAACCCUCAGCUCAGACAUACACACGCUUUUACCCUUUAGUAAACAUACUAUCCAUUACAAAGGAGUUUAAAAGGUUUAAAAGGCAGAGAGCAUAAAAAAGAGUGCAAAGAUGUUUACUUGCAUAAAUUGUACGAAAAUGGCUGACAGAGGUGAGGAUGAAGAAGAUGAAGCGCGUGGGAGCACCACUCCCAACACUAAAGAAGCCGUUAAAAGCCUAACUACACAGAUCAAAGAUAUGGCGUCGAAAUUCUCCGGUACUCAUAAACCAAGCAAGCCAACUCCGGGCUCCUCGAGUAGCAAUUUGAGGAAAGAGCAGAGAAAGUUUCCGGAUUUUGACACUGCAUCAGAAAGUGUUCCAUACCCUUAUCCGGGUGGAAGCACUAGCUCCACUCCGGCUUGGGACUUACCAAGAUCCUCCUACCAUCAAUCUGGACGGCCAUUCACAUCGAUGUAUGGUGGUGAACGUGAAUCCAUCUCUGCUCAGUCUUGUGAUGUGGUACUAGAAGAUGACGAGCCAAAGGAGUGGAUGGCUCAAGUAGAGCCAGGUGUUCAUAUCACAUUCGUCUCACUUCCCAGUGGAGGAAAUGAUCUUAAACGCAUACGCUUUAGCCGGGAGGUAUUCGACAAGUGGCAGGCUCAGAGAUGGUGGGGUGAGAACUAUGACAGAAUAGUUGAGCUUUACAAUGUUCAAAGAUUUAACCGACAAGCCCUUCAAACCCCUGGUAGAUCCGAAGACCAGUCGCAAAGAGAUUCAACUUACACAAGGAUAGACUCAGCAAGAGAAAGCAGAGAUUGGACGCAAAGAGACAACAACUUCAGACCACCAGGCGGAAGUGUCCCACAUCACUUUUAUGGACCACCAAUGGACGCAGCACGAAUCACCACCUCAUCGAGGGACGAACCGCCUUCCAUGAGUAAUGCUAGUGAAAUGCAAGCUGAGUGGGUUGAAGAGGACGAGCCUGGCGUCUACAUUACCAUCAGACAGUUACCAGAUGGAACCAGAGAGUUACGCCGCGUCAGAUUCAGUCGGGAACGGUUUGGUGAAGUGCAUGCCAAGACAUGGUGGGAGCAGAACAGAGACAGGAUACAAACACAAUACCUCUAAGAGGAAAUCAAAAGAGCCCAAUAUUUAAUCUUCUUUAACACAACAAAAAAGGUAUACACAAAAUUCAGAGUUAAUUUUGUUCAUCUUCUGAAAUUUGGAAGGAAUUCAGAAUGAAAACUGAAUCGAAAAAUUGAGUUUUAGAGAUUUGUAGUUAGCAAGUUCUCGGCGUUUUGAUAUAUAUAGCUAUGUAAUUUUCUUAACGAUGACAUGAGCUUUAUAUGCCUUUAUUUAUUUGUUCAUUUUA